AUGCUGCAGGGUGUUUUUGCACUCAAUCAUCUUAUCGUCUUCGGAGGCGACUCUGCAGGAGGCCAUCUGUCUUUGAGCCUGAUGGCACAUUUGCAUCGUUUGCGUCCAACCGACCUCACAAUAGAGAGUUCGAUUAACUGGCAUGGGACUUUUAGUGCCGAUGUUCUGAACCGGAAGGUUGUUGAUGAAUGGGGGGUUUAUCUUGUGGAUAACUCUCCGUUGCAAGAAGAAAUAUCAGGAGGGAAUGGCUGGGGAUUGGCUCUUGAUGUGCCGGAAGCUUGGUGGGAAAAUGUUUCGGCUGUCGAUCACAUUCUCGUGACUGGUGGGUAUGAAGAAGUCUUCAGUGAUCAUAUUCAACGCUUGGGUACGAUGCUGAAGAAAAAAGGUGAAAGGUAUGUGACACUCUAUAUGGCUAAUGAAGCCCACGACGGACUGUUGAUGGACUUUGCGGCCGGCAUAUGUCCGAGUGAAACAACAAAGUCUAUCGCAGACUUUGUGAUUGCCUGUUUCAUGAAGUGA